UAAAACCCUGAACCCUAAAAUCCAUCUUCCCCGUCCCGAAACACUUGCCUCACCGCACCUCAAAAGGCAACGGACGGAUCCCGACGCACGAGGACAUUCGAAACUUUUAUCUUUGUCCUCCUUCCGCUCCGCUCUUACCCGAAAACCAUUGAGGAAGGAUCCUUCGUCUUUCUCCCCUUCGUCCCACCCGCCUCGCGCGAUUCAGCUUUUCUAAAUACCCUAAAUCCGUUUUAUAACGGGAUUUGCUGAUCUAGGAAAAACGGGAUAUAAGAUGUCAAUUUUGCUGUUUGGCAGGAUUUAGGUUAAAUCCGGCUAUAAUCCUGCUCAAAUCCUGCUAUCAAAGAGCCCGUUACUCGGUUUUGGAUCAAGCGAAAUACUCGGUUUUCUUACUUUUGUGAGUAUUAUUAUUUUUCCGGGUUUCUCAAAUGAUUUCCGCUCUUUGCUGGGUGCCCAAAGGGGCAUCCAAGAUUGUUCCUGUGGUCGCCGAGCCUCCAUCGAAAGAGGAAAUUGAGGAGUUCUUGCAGACGGGGGUGUUGGAGCGAAAGGGUGAUGUUGAUGAAGAGGAGGAUGAGUACAUGGACAUUAAUGACAUCAAUGCUUCCGAGGAGAUGGACGAAGUUGCCCUUGCACAGGCGGCAGCCAAGGCUCUUAAUCAAACCCAGGCAGGCAGGGAAUCAAAGGAUGUACAAGCGGUUUCUGUUGGUAUUGGGGAACUCAACAUGGAUGCUUAUGAUGAUGAGGAUGAUGGCAUCGAGCUAUUUGGUAGUGGUAUCGGGGACUCUUACUAUCCGAGUAAUGACAUGGAUCCCUAUCUGCAAAACAAAGGAGAUGAUAGUGAUGAUGAUGAUGAUGAUGAUGAGAUAGAGGACAUGACCAUUAAACCUACCGAUUCCGUUAUUGUUUGUGCACGUAAUGAAGAUGAAGUCAGUCAUCUUGAGAUUUGGAUUUUUGAGGAAUCAAGAGAUGGAGAUGCAAAUAUGUAUGUGCAUCAUGAUGUCAUAUUACCCGCUUUCCCCCUCUGCACAGCAUGGCUGGAUUGUAACCUUAAAGGUGGCGAUAAAGGUAAGCCAUUUCUUAAUUUUUUAUUCUUGCAAAGAUUUGCUGUUCGAUCUUUGUUCUCCAACAUCAAGCUCUGUUGCUUGGAUUUUCGAGUGUGGAAAUCAGUGGUCUACAGGAAAGAUAGCCAUAGAGACGCUGUUCUUGGACUUGCCUGGAAUAAGGAGGUGAGGAAUGUCUUGGCUAGUGCAAGUGCGGACAAGUUGGUCAAGAUAUGGGAUGUAAUUACUGGGAAAUGUGUUGCUACUAUUUCUCACCAUACCGACAAGGUUAGUCAAGAAAAUGGUGUCGUUCAAGGUUUUGAUAUCAGAGUAGGAUCAUCAGAUAGUUCCGGCGGCAAACCGGUUUUCACACUCCACGCACAUGACAAAGCCGUCUCGUCAAUCUCCUAUAAUCCAUCUCGACCAAAUCUUCUUGCUACAGGAUCAACGGAUAAAACGGUGAAACUAUGGGAUCUAUCGAACAAUCAGCCUUCUUGUGUUGCAACUAGAAAACCUAAAGCUGGAAGCAUUUUCUCCAUUGCUUUCUCAGAGGACAGCCCAUUCUUGUUGGCCAUUGGAGGCCAUAAAGGGAAACUGAAAGUAUGGGACAUAGCAUCUGAACCAGGGAUAGCUCCAAGUUCUGACAAGUCCAUGAAUCAAAGAGAAGAUCCAAUGGCUGCAGCUUAAUAAUCAUGGACAGAUUUGUAAAAUUGGAUGGAGUUUAUAAUUAAUAGCAAUGUGUUGGCUUUAUCAAGG